AUGGCCGAUCUACAAUUCCUCGACAAAGUGAAAUGCAUUCUGAAUGCCUUUGAGGAUUCAGAUCUUACAGCCCACCAAUUUCUUCACGCGCUCCUAUUGACGAACACAUUUGAAGACCAUCCCGUCACGUUGUCGAUUAUUGAGGACCUCGACACUAUCCUCGACACCGUGAGCGCUGGUCGAGCGACUUCCGAUCAAGCCAGGCAGUGGGUUUUUCGAAGUGCGCAGAAAGGCUACCAAGCACAGGUGUUCCAGUUGACGAAAAAGGAGAGUGGGCUUCACUUCUCGCCUGGAAAGAUGACCAAUGCUCAGUUAAUGGAAAACAAGAUCGAGAAACUGUCAACGCAGAUGAAAGAUCACGCACCUGACCUUUGGAGACUCGUCGCGUAUCUCCUUGCGGCAGAUCCUGCAGCGGAGCGGAGGUGGGCAAAGCUUGCGUACAGGAAGGCGGGCUCUGGGACACAAAAAGCGAACCCUCGAUUGAAUGAUGGUGACAUCACGAUGGGAGAUGCUGUGGGAGAUGGGUCAGGGGACGAGAUGUUGGAGAACGGUGGCGACAUCGGAUUGAUUGAUGAAGAUGAAGACGCGCUGGAGAAUCUAACGGAACAGGUUGAACACCAGCUCAACUCCCUGAUUGUGAUUAAACAGGUGCUCUGCUUGAGUAUUAUGAUGCAUAGCACCAACCAGGAGUGCAACUCGCUGCAGAGCAUCAUUGGUGUUUUUCUUCACGCGUGUAAUGCGCCAGACGCCGUUCUAGAGCUCCUCACGCACCUGGGGGUUUCAAUCUCACCAUCGACAAUCAGUAACACUGUCUCAAACCUUUCUAAGGAGUCCAGCUCCAAAGUUCAUAAGCUUGGGAGGACCCUCCUCACGUUCCGAAAUUCCUGCCUUUUCCAACAACACCUCAUUUUGUUUUCCAAAUUUUCCGGACAGGGUAUUUUUUCCAAAAAUAGUGGUUCCUUGGCAGAAUGGGACCCAACGUUAGGUAUGAAGAGACUCAUCGAGUGA